AUGGCCAGAUACGAUUUACCUUUGUUCUAUAUCCUGCGGGGUGUACAGGCCGUUUUUGCCGUCAUCGUAUUGGGCUUAACAGGACAUGCUGUAAAUGUAACCGAUGGCCACUGGUGGGAUACCGUCAAUUUCAUGCUAUUCAACGGUGUCUGGACAAUCUUCAUCGUCGUUCCAUAUUUCAUCCUGGCGCCGAGGUUUUUGCCUGUGAUCGCCCAUUGUUGGAUUCUCGUGGCCGUGGAUGCAGUCACCAUGAUCUUCUGGUUUGCUGGUUUCAUUGCUUUGGCUGUUGAUCUUGGUGACGCUCGGGGCUGCUCCAACUGGUCACCGUGCCAGGGAUUGCAAGCUGCGGCGGCGUUUGGUGCUUUCAACUGGGUUUUGUUCUUGGCCACAACCGUUCUGAACACCAUGGGCGCUCUCCGAAGGGAUUCUGCUCCUGGCCCUCAGCCUCCUACUGCCCAUGUGCCUUGA